AUGCAAAACGGCAGCCUUAACGGCACGUCCCAGCAACAUCUCGAUAGCGCAACUUCCGAGUCAGAAGACAAAUCUCACUAUUCUGCCCUCCAAGACGCGCUUCUUGAUUCUGCUGUAGGCGACUCCGUUCCAAAUGGCCCUAGCCACGAUGAUGACUGCCACGACGUCCUCCCUGGACCCCCGUCCAAAAAACGGAAAAUUGCAGACUCCUCCGGUCGAAGUACGCCGCGUCCUGUAUCUCCCCCAUGGAAGCGCGUCUCUGUUGAUGGGCCAACGUCUUUCAUUGAGGGCGGUAGGCGGAAGUCAUCCAGGACAAACGCGGUGCCGCUCGAGCUGCUUCCUUCAGAUAAGAGACAAACACGUUCCGCCCACCAGGACUAUGUGAAUCGGGCAAAACCGAAUCGCUCCCCGCGACAUGGCAAUUCCCCGGCGGUCGCGAUGGCAUCUCAGUCUGGAACAAAUGGGAGACGAUUAUCUGUUGGUAAAACUACUACUAUAGGAUCCGAGGGAACUUCUCCUAGGAAAGAUGGUUUAAAGAGCUCGAGUACCAGGACCCCGCUAACAAAACAACGCAAUUCACAAACUUCUGUCUCCAAAAGCGCAACUUUGAGAAACAGAGCCCCAAGUAUUGCUUCGUCGAGCGCUCAUAACAAGUCCAUUACCCCAAUAACUAACACAAAGUAUAGUCACAAGUCCCAGAGAGGCCACGUUACCCCUGCAAACAUGUCUCCAGUGUCUGUAAAAAAUUCUCAUACAAGUGGUAAAAGUCAGGGAUCUGAGGAUGUGGAGGGGCAAGCGGGAUGGAAUUCGAUCCAGAAACUGCCUAGGCUGCGAUUUAAAGUCAAAAUGCCCUCACUAGCUACUCAACACCCAUCUCAUGUGUUGCCCGAAAAGAAAUACUUGUCAUUCCGGGAAUGGGUAGAAAAUGAAACCUUAACAGAAGACGAGGGUGGCUUCUCGACUCCCGAAGCUGCCCUAAUCGAGGCACGCAUGAGAAUGAGGGUUUGGGAAGCCGGUCAACCUGGUCAACUUCUAAGUAAGGAACGUUGUUCCCGUUACAUUACCGAUCCAGCCGAGGAACCUCCACCUCAGUAUUCUCACCAAGACCAUCUUGUCGCUCAUGCCUUGUACUUCAAGAAAUUACUUGAUAAAGAGCGCAAACAGCAUCGACACCUUGCGAAAUUAUUUGCCCAGUGGUGCGCAGAGGAGUGGAGGAAGCGAAAUAAACUUCCAGAGGAUAUAUUAAAGGAACAGCAGGAAGAUAUACGGCAGAAACGUAAGCAUCUUGUUAAAGAUUUACAACGUCAAUUUGAUGCAGUUCGUGCAGAAGUAGAGAGAGCCCGGUUGGCUCGAUGGGAAGAGCAGAAAAAGGCUGAGGAUCAACUCGCCUUAAACAAAGCUAUCAAACAAUCCACUCUGUUGUUUGAAAUGAGAAGGCCGGAUCGAGCGUAUGAUACCGAAUUUGAAGAAAGCCAGUAUGACACUGAAACGGGCUCGGAGAGGGAUCAAUCAAGCCAAGAGGAAACGGAAGAUGAAAGCAAUAUGUCGACGUCUGAGAGUGAGGGGGAUGAUGAUGAUGGAACUAAUGACGACGAAGGCUUGACCGCAGAACAACUCCGGAUUAAAUAUGCGCAUCUAGCGUCAAGUAACAUUGGAGUUGAUGGUCAAUCGAAACAAUCGCAGCAGGAACGUUCGCCGUCCAUCCGCAGUUCGCCUCCAAACCCAGAACUUAACGACAAAGGCGGGGGUCUUGAUUUGCCGCCUGUGAGCGAGCUCGCACACCAUGAUCCAGAUUUGGAAGAAGUUGAUUCAGUUCUUCUGGAUGAUAGCGCUGAAGAGUCAACAGACAUGGACAAUGACAUGGGAGACAGUGAUGGGGUUAAUUCCUGUUCGGACGGAAGUGACAAUGAUGAGGCAAGUAGCAGUGAUGAAGAGAGUCCUGGAUUACUUGGAUUUUUCUCCACUAAAAUGGUCGAACCCGAGGAAAAAACUAUAAGGAACGAGGAGGGAGCUAGUGAGAGGCGUGAAGACAAUGGGGAUGAUGACGAUAAAGGCCUAGUUGUUUCCAACGGACCAGAUGAACCUGAUGUGCAAGAGCAUGAAUCCUCAGGACAUGCAUCGGCAGAACCCCAGCCAUUGAAGCUUGAAGUUCCAGAAGACGAAACCCCUCCAAACGAUCGUAAGGUGAAUGGAAAGCAUGAUACCGCUCAAGUUUCGAACAAUGUUCGGCCAAGUAGAGAUGCCAGCAGUCAGCCCUCGCCGGACACCUUGGCUACAAAGACGUCAGAUGUUGAAUCUGUUUCUUCAUAUGAACCGAACCAAUACGACCAGGACCAGAAUCAGACUGAUAAUUCUGCUCCGAAAUCACCUCUACCAAUCAAUACACCAAUCCCGCAUCUUCUUCGCGGGACGUUGCGAGAGUAUCAGCACUUUGGUUUGGACUGGCUAGCAGGCUUGUACACUAGCAAUAUAAAUGGAAUUCUUGCAGAUGAAAUGGGCCUGGGAAAAACCAUUCAGACGAUAGCGCUUCUGGCACACUUAGCUGUCGAACAUGAGGUGUGGGGACCUCAUUUAGUUGUUGUCCCAACCAGUGUAAUGUUAAAUUGGGAAAUGGAGUUUAAAAAGUGGUGCCCUGGAUUCAAAAUCCUUACAUAUUAUGGCACUCAAGAGGAACGAAGGCAGAAGCGCAAAGGCUGGAUGGACGACGACCGUUGGCACGUCUGCAUCACAUCUUACCAGCUUGUACUCCAAGAUCAACAAACUUUUAAGAGACGGAAUUGGCAUUACAUGGUUCUUGACGAAGCACAUAAUAUUAAAAAUUUCCGAUCCCAGAGAUGGCAGACACUGCUCACGUUCAAAACCCAGGCAAGACUGCUUUUGACUGGCACGCCACUCCAGAAUAAUUUGACUGAACUAUGGUCCCUUCUUUUCUUUCUCAUGCCGUCUGACGGUAAUGACACUGGCGUUGAAGGAUUUGCCGAUCUUCGAAACUUCUCUGAAUGGUUUCGACGACCCGUAGAGCAAAUUCUCGAACAUGGGAGAGAAACCAUGGAUGAUGAAGCCAAAAAAGUGGUUACGAAAUUACACACUGUGCUGCGCCCCUACAUUUUACGCCGUCUUAAGGUGGAUGUAGAAAAACAAAUGCCCGCAAAGUUUGAACAUGUUGUAACAUGCCGACUCUCAAAGCGACAACGAUACUUAUAUGACGGAUUCAUGUCGAGAGCGCAAACCAAAGAAACAUUGGCAUCUGGAAAUUAUUUGUCUAUCAUCAACUGUUUAAUGCAAUUGCGGAAGGUCUGUAAUCACCCCGACCUUUUUGAGACGCGACAGAUAACGACUUCUUUUUCGAUGCCGAAAUCAGCAAUUGCCGAUUUUGAAAUCAAAGAGCUGUUUGUACGGCGUCGACUAUUAAAGGAGGGUCCGUUGAGCAAGUUAGACUUGGACUUCUUAAAUUUAGUUCCCAUAUCAAGGGAACAAACGUCAAAGAGGCUCGUGGAUGAUACCUCGCGAAUUACAGCUUAUAUUCCCCUCCGGACACUUCGGGAGCGCCAGUAUAACCGCACUAACUGGAACAUGGACUUUGACGGCUCUUCGGUUCAAUCAGCAUUGAUCUCAAUGGAAAACUCAUCGCGAAAAACGAGAAUGGAAGAGCUAGAAAGAUGCCUUUACUUCGAGUCGAAACGUCAUGGACAACACCCAGUCUACGGGAAAAGUCUCAUUGACUUUCUUACCGUCAAUCCUGGUAUCCAGACAAAGUCUCCAAGGCUACCUCCCCGCCACCCACUUCUUGACUUCUUUUUGCAGCAGUCUUCAGCCAUUUCUUCAAUGAUUUUAUCUCUGAAUGAGAGGUCUUUGGCGAUGGAAACCAUUAUACAGAAAUUUGCAUUCGUCACACCGGCCGCUGUCGCCUCAGAAAUAACAGGUGCGGCUCUAACACCAAUCGAAUCUCGAUGCCUGAGCAUGUCACAAAAGGUACCGGACUAUGACCCUUUUCAUGAAGCACAGAUGCGCUUGUCCAUCGCCUUUCCGGAUAAGAGGCUCCUGCAGUACGAUUGUGGAAAGCUUCAGCAACUCGACAAACUUCUCAGGAAAUUGCAAUCAGGUGGCCAUCGUGCUUUGAUAUUUACCCAAAUGACAAAAAUGCUUGAUAUACUGGAGCAGUUUCUUAAUAUCCAUGGCCACCGCUACCUCCGUCUUGAUGGUGCUACAAAGGUGGAGCAGCGUCAAAUGUUAACCGAACGAUUCAACAACGAUACCCGAAUCUUAGCAUUCAUUCUCUCUAGCAGAUCUGGUGGCUUAGGGAUCAAUUUGACUGGGGCUGAUACAGUCAUAUUCUAUGACCUGGACUGGAACCCUGCUAUGGAUAAGCAGUGUCAAGAUAGAUGUCACCGAAUCGGCCAAACUCGCGACGUGCACAUCUACCGUUUUGUUUCUGAAUACACCAUUGAAUCCAACAUUUUACGCAAAGCCAAUCAAAAACGAAUGCUCGACGAUGUAAUUAUUCAAGAAGGUGAAUUCACCACAGAUUAUUUCCAAAAGUUAGAUGUGCGGGACAUGCUAGGCGACGACGUUGCGGGUGGUAAUGAUGAAGCAAGCGCAGCCAUGGACCGAGUUCUUGAUACGAAGGUUGUUGGAACUCCUCGAGCUUUCGAACAGGCAGAGGAUAAGGAAGACAUCGACGCCGCAAAGAACGCUGAGAAGGAACUGGAGCACGCAGAUGAUGGCGACUUCGAGGAGGGCAGCGUUCCACACACCCCAGGGCAACUUGGGUUCAGUCAAACAGGGUCACCUGUGGCAGCUGAAGUUGAAGAAUACGAGCCGUCUGUUACCCAUGGAGGAAAUGCCAACACUCCUGCAUGUCCGGAAUCGCCAGCCGUUCAGGAUGAAAAUGGAGAGCACGAACCGGGUCAUAUCGAUGACUAUCUUAUCCGCUUUAUGGAGUGGCAUUUGAAAGAUGAACCCUUAGUUCUACCCCCAGACAAAAGAAAGAAAAAGUCAAGGAGGGGCCAAGAGCAUCGAAUCAAAAGAAAUAGGUGA